AUGGCAACUGCUAAAUUAAUGUGUUCAGCUCAAAGGAGAAGAACCAUGUGGCGCGGCAUCCAGCUUCGGAAUUUCGAGUCACAGGCUAUAAGUAUGGCAAGUGCUAUCGUUCCUGAAAUCUUGAGUAAAGAUAACUACGAUGACUGGAGUGUCUGCAUGAAAAACUAUCUACGGGCUCAAGAUCUCUGGGAUAUUAUUGAAGGGCCAAACAGCAAACCUCCUAAUCAAGCUGUUACCGAAGCCGAAUUUAAGGCUUGGAUGAAAAAAAUGCUACAGCUUUACAUGCCAUUCAAAUUUCAUGUAGGCCUGAUAUAUAUUCUCCGGUUAGGAAGACCGAUUCAGCCAAAACUGCUUGGAAAGAUCAACAAUGAAUACAAUCGAGUUCCCAAACUACUCAAGUAUAUAAAUCAAGGUGAUUGGCAUUCCGUAGGAAACUUUAUUGACGAGUAUCCAAAUGUAAUAAAUGCAAAGAUUACAUCCGAUGGCCAAACACCUCUUCAUAAAGCAACUUGUGAGGGAAAAGUGGAGAUUGUGGGAAAGUUGGUCAAGUUAAUGUCUCCGGAAGCCUUGGCGGUACAGGAUGUUUAUGGUAACACAGCCCUCCAUUAUGCCGCUGCACGAGGAAUGACAAGAAUGGCUAGAUACAUGGUUGAAAAGAAUGAUACCUUGGUCACCAUUGCUAAUAAUUGGGGAAUUAUCCCAACUUUAUAUGCUUGUGCAGGUGGUCAGAGGGAUAUGACUGCCUAUCUUCUCACAAAAACUUCUUUCCGGUCGCUAUCUCUUGGCCAUGCGUCUGUACUCCUUCAAUGUGCUAUAGUGUUCAACAUGUUUGGUAAGAGUUACACUCCCUUACCGCUCUCAUUUCAAAUAGUCAGAAAUUAA